AUGGAAACCUCCUCUUACUCAGGAGAAGGUAAGGACCGGUUGUCGCUGAAUCGGUGGUUCCGAGAAGUUGAUAUCGCCAUCGCCUCGAGACUUCUUGAGGCACCCCAGGCGAAGGUCAACAUUCUUCUUCCCCGCCUCACCGGGAAGGCCAAGGAGUGGGCCCUUGGUAAGCUCGUUCAAGACGAGAAACUGGUGGGACCAAGAUUUUUGUCGAUGCGACAGGGUAAAAUGGCGAUGCGUGACUACGUGCAGAUGGCUAGGCAUCUGGCGUCGUGUAUUAUCACGCACCCCAUGGACAUGUACACGCAGGUGAAUGUAUUUGUGGGUGGUAUGCGUGAGGGGCAGACCCGCUUAUCGCUGGAGCGCGCAGAGCCUGCCACAUUGGAGGAGGCAUUUGCCAUCGCACUCCGUGAAGACUUUAAGGUCACAGAGGCAUAUGCCAAACCCUCGGUCGUCACCGUUCCUCGACCUUCUGGUCCAGAACCUAUGGAGAUCGACGUGAUUGAGUCGUCGAGUGACCGACGACGUGUCAUUUCCCAUGAGGGUGACGCUCGCACCGGGCGUCAAAUGGGUUGCUUUCGUUGUCGCAAGCCAGGACAUCGCGCGGCUGAGUGCCUUGCGCCAGCGCCGAUAUCGGUGCAAGAAGUGGAUACCCAUCAUGAGGGUGAUGUACCGGCAGCACGCCCAAGAAACUGUCGGGACCAGUAG